CUAGCGGAUGUAAACAAAAAUUUAAAACGAUAAAAAUGGUUAAGAAGGAGAAACCGAAACUACCGCCAUGGGUGAAGAACCUCUACUCCAACCGGGAGUACCCCGACAACUACACAGAUGCCAGCUUUCUCAAGGAUCUCCGUACAAAUCUUCAUGUCAGGAUAUACACAUAUCCGGAGGCGCUUGCCGGUGCCACUGUGCUGAGCAAUCAAAUAUCCUGCAUUACUGGUUUCCUUAUUCUCUUCCAACUGCUGCUCAGCGAUAGAGUGGCACCCACCACGAUCCUGGUACCGAGCUGCGCAGUCACUGGAAUCGGUUAUCUCUGCUAUCGGGGCAGGAGUCUUAGCCUGUCGCUCCUUGGCGAGGAUUCCAAGACCCUGUUCACUGUGGUCUUUUUUGGCUACUUAUUCUCCCCGAUGCUGCACACCUUGACACAGGCCAUCAGCACGGACACCAUCUACACGAUGACCUUCUUUGUGCUGCUAGCUAAUCUUGUGUUUAGCGACUAUGGGUUGGAUGUAGCUAUGGUCUCCAAGGCCAUCUCCCUCAAUGCAGCCAUAUUUGGAGCCAUUUGUCUGGCCUCUCGCCUGCUGACGUCCUAUCAUGCAUUCGUCCUGCUGGUCGAGGCUGCCGUCUAUUUUGUGCUUUAUCCCAUUAUGACUGAAGCUAACUGGAGUCCUUUCUUUAUGGUGCCCAUCUUCGCCGCCUGCUGCUCAUCUUUGUAUUGGAUAUCACAGCCCGUGCUCUACCUGUACGCCUCCACCAUAAUUUUCAUCAACUUUAUCAGCCCGUUUAUUUUUGUGAGACUGCAGCAACACAAGUUCAACAUUCACGGACCUUGGGACGAGGCGAUCGUCGAGGAGAACACCGACGAGAACCUGCAUGAGAACUUAUAGCGGCAGCUUUGCUUCUCACAGCAGCUGCAGCCACUACCAGGUGGCGGCGAUGUCGGGGAGCACUUCACUGAUCAUUAACCAAUCGCACUAUAUUUUGUUAUUUUUUUAAUUGAUUGUUGAUAUUUUA